CUGCAUCGUAUGGAAGGAUUUGUGCGCAUUCUAGGUUUUGGUUGAUUACCGGAUGGAGGAGACAGUGCAGCGCAAAGGCACGCACCUGACGAAGAGGGCUCUGAAGAACAAAGCUUUGGGCAUCAAUUUCAACGAGAAAGACCUCAAAGACUACGUCACUGGUUUUCACAAGCGCAAGAAGAAGAGAAGAAAGGAAGCGCAGAAGCAACAGAACGAGGCACUGCGCCGCAAACGCUGCGAAGAACGCAAAAAGAGGAAGUUGGAAAGAGAAUUCGUUCUGUAUGGAGGCGUGCCACCUGAUCAGAAUGAGGAGCGCCAAGAAGAAGUUGCAGACCAAGUUGAAUCUAUUGCCGAAACAAAAACAUACGAGAACGCUGAUUUGAAAGUUACUGUUGUGACAAGUGAGAUCAACCCUGAAGAAGAAAGUUAUCAUAGUGAGAGGAAGGAGGAGACGGUGACCCCCCAUUCCGUUGUGGCUGAUAAAGGGCAAAGGGUACCUAUAAGGAACAAGAAAUCUUUUAAGAAGGUUGCAAAACAGAAGUCACGACCCAAGACAUCAAAUAAGAGAGACAAGAAGAAAGGAAAGAAGCGGGGCAAGAAGUAAUGGUAGCUAAGCACCGUGCAUCUUCAGGACAAUCCUAAGUCUACAAUGAACUGCGUUUAUUUGAGGUGUUUGUUAAGUGCAGUAACUUGGCCACCUAGAAGUGAGAACUCGUGCUUGCUUAUUGCAGGAUUUGGACUUGUUUCAUUUUUAAUAUUUGUUCUAGUUGGUUACCUGGUACCUAAUGUUCAUGACAGGACUUUCUCCAGCGGGGUCAUUGCCGACUUCUUAAUUUGGGGGAUUCGAGAGUUAAGGAAGAAGCACCUACUUUUUCUCUUGUUUGGUUAAUCGGUAACGGUAUUGUGUAUUGUACAUUUAAUUAAUUUACAUAUUUAACUUUCUAGA